UAUUGUAGCAGACUUCACAGACGCUUUCCACUUUUAUCCCCGUUAAACUAAUCCGCAAGAGAUUUUAUUCAACGGCAAGGGGAGCUCGAAAAGGAGGAAUUACCUUUCAACGCAGUUCAACUAGGAUUGUGUAUAAAAUCCUUUAGAAUAGUCGUGAAAUACACAGUAAACGGCUCAAAGACGCGGCGAAGUACUACAUGGGAACAAAUAUAAAAGAGCGGAGCGCAGAUUUCCCAGCUGAGAUAAACGGCGCUGGAAUAUAAACAUGGAUGACGGGCAGCAACGAUGGCUUUGAGGAAUUAAGGCCGAAUCGCUUCUCGUUCUCUUUCCUUUGUGCACGCCGAAUGCUUUUAAAUCUGAGUUUAUGUUAUUGAUUUUGAGACGUGACGUGCCCUUGUCUGAUCACUUUGGGGAGGAAGUUAACAGGAUGGCUCCAGGCUCGCUAGCCACAAUGGCCCCUGCUGGGCCCAACAUCUCCUGGUUCCCAGAGGCUCCUCUGCUCACUCCAGAGCAGCCCAUAUUCCUCAUGACCACGACGGCCCAGGCAGUGUCAGGCUUCUUUGUGUGGACAGCACUUCUUAUCACUUGCCACCAGAUCUACAUGCAUCUGCGAUACUACAGCUCUCCCAAGGAGCAGAGGCACAUAGUGCGCAUCCUUUUCAUCGUACCCAUAUACGCCUUCGACUCCUGGCUCAGCCUUCUCUUCUUUACCAACGACCAGUACUAUGUUUACUUCGACACUGUCAGGGAUUGCUAUGAGGCAUUUGUGAUCUAUAAUUUCUUGAGCCUUUGUUAUGAAUACCUUGGAGGAGAGAGCGCUAUAAUGGCCGAGAUCAGAGGAAAACCCAUUGAGUCCAGCUGUAUAUAUGGAACAUGUUGUCUUUGGGGCAAGACCUACUCCAUUGGCUUCCUUAGAUUCUGCAAACAGGCCACUUUACAGUUCUGUGUGGUAAAACCCCUGAUGGCCAUGAUUACAGUCAUCCUACAGGCUUUUGGGAAGUAUCGUGAUGGAGACUUCAAUGUCGCUAGCGGUUAUCUGUAUGUGACUAUCAUCUACAACAUCUCCGUCAGCCUGUCCCUCUACGCCCUCUUCCUGUUCUACUUUUCCACCCGAGACCUCCUCAGUCCCUACAGGCCCAUGCUCAAGUUCCUCAUGGUCAAAUCGGUCAUCUUCCUCUCCUUCUGGCAAGGCAUGCUGCUGGCCAUCCUGGAGAAGUGUGGUGCGAUUCCUAAGAUCAGCUCUCCUGAGGUUUCUGUCGGCGAGGGAACUGUUGCGGCUGGAUACCAGAACUUCAUUAUUUGCAUUGAGAUGUUCUUUGCAGCAUUGGCCUUGCGACAUGCGUUCACAUACAAAGUCUACAUGGACAAAAGACUGGAUUCCCUUGGCCCUGUUCCUACAUAUGGACAGUACGGUCGCUGUGCCCCCAUGAAGAGCAUCUCCAGCAGCUUGAAGGAGACCAUGAAUCCUGGAGAUAUGGUUCAGGAUGCAAUCCACAAUUUCUCCCCAGCCUACCAACAGUACACCCAGCAAUCCACCCUGGAGCAGGGAGUCACCGCACCGCCCAUAUCCCGUAAUCACAGCUGCUUGAGCGCCCGGGACAAUGAGAAAACCCUGCUGCUUAGCUCUGAUGAUGAGUUUUAACUCACUUCCCAUCGUCCCGAACGAAGGUACUCCGUAAGGGACUGUUUACUGCUGUGGUAGUGUAAUGAUGAGGUUAAGAUAACGUAGGGACAGGUUAUUAAAGGACCAUCUUAAGCAAGUAGAGACAUUCUAGUGCAGUAGAAUAUGAAAUUAAGCUGCUUACUCUUAGUCGUUAAAACAGACUUCAAUGAUGCGCUUUUGUCCGAUGUUGUUUAUACAAAGACUUAAAUAAUACAUUCAUCUAUACGUUUGCAUUUUUGGCCAAAUUUUUAAAUCCUACAUGGUCUGACUUUUCAGCGUUUGAAUUGAUGUAUUUUUUUAAGCUUCUAGUUUUGCAUCGUGGAUGUUUGCACAUCCCAGCAUAUUUAUAAAGAGCAGUGUAUUGGAGGGUUGUUCGGUAGGAAUGUUUCCGUUUGUGAUUUACAAGUUCAAGUGCAACUUUGCUUCCCUUUCGUCAGUGUUUAUAGCUCUCCCAGUGAUUUAAAGGGCAAGUACAGCUGUGAGUGAGAGAGCACAGUGACAGUAAAGGCAGUACCAGCUGUUUAAACACACCGUUGUUGUUGUUUUGACGGAUGAUUUAAGGGACAGGGAGAGGUUGAUGGUCCACGAUAAGAUUACAGAUUAAUGCAGUCUGGAUUAUAUGGCUGUAAUUGAAGCAUUACUUGUCUGGUGCAGAUUAGCACAAGCUUUUGUGAAAGUGUGACAUGGCUGAAAAACAUCUUUCUAGGUUAGAUGAGCGGUUUAAAAAUAGAUUUAGGUUAAGCUUCUUAAUGUAUGCUAGAUUUCUACAGAGAA